ACAAGGCUCCAGAGCACACAAGUAUCAUUCCAUUGCUAUGAACACAUUACUUUGAGGAAAGCAUUACAAGUUAUAGAAUGAACAUGAAGAGGGAAGAAGGCUGCAAACUUUUCAAAAGUUCCCACCUCUGGAGUCUGACACUGAUCUGUGUUCUCACUACAAACCCAGCUGGAUCUUACAAUAUAGAUGAGGAGAACCCCUUGGUUUUUAAAGGACCAGAUGGAUCCCUGUUUGGCUACUCUGUCGUUUUCCACGGAUACAGGGACGAUAAGUGGCUGAUAGUGGGAGCUCCAAAAUCCAACCAGACAACACGCACGGAUACCAGCAAUCCUGGAGCGAUUUACAAAUGCAAAAUUGGAGAUAAUAUUAAUGGAACAUGUGAAUCAAUGGAUGUGGGUGAACAAAAUGGUAAAAAAUGUGGACGGACAUGUGUAAUAGAACAAGAUGAUCAAUGGAUGGGGGUCAGUCUCUCAAGACAACCAACAGAAGAUGGGAAUCUAUUGGUUUGUGGUCAUAGAUGGAAGAACGUGCAUUUUAUUAAUGAAAACAAGCUGCCUCUCGGAGUGUGCUAUUCGGUACCUGCAAAUUUGCGCACAGACUUAAAAAGAAAAAUAUGUCCAUGCUACAGAGAUCAUGUAAAGAAGUUCGGUGACGAACAUGGCUCGUGUCAAGCUGGGAUUUCGAGCUUUUACAUGGAUGAUAUGAUCAUCAUGGGGGCACCAGGAUCAUACUACUGGACUGGAGCGAUCUUUGUCUAUGACACAAAAAUCAACAAGAUAUUCACAUAUAACAAUAUAAAUAACACAGUUAAAUAUGGGAGCUAUUUAGGUUACUCAGUUGGGGGAGGCCAUUUUCUGUCACCAAACAGUAAAGAGUUUAUAGGAGGAGCUCCACAACAAGAGCAGAUUGGUAGGGCCUACAUAUUUUCAUUCGAGGGAGUUCGGCUGUAUAUAUUGUUCGAAGCAGAAGGCAAGAAGCUCGGUUCAUACUUUGGGGCUUCUGUGUGCGCUCUGGAUUUAAAUGGUGAUGGAUUAUCGGACUUGCUUGUUGGAGCUCCAAUGGAAAGUACAGUGCGAGAGGAAGGGAGAGUGUAUGUCUACAUGAACAAUGGAGAGGGACAGAUGUCAGAACUUGAUUAUGAACUUUCUGGAAGUGACCUAUAUGCAGCAAGGUUUGGAGAAGCAAUAACCAAUCUUGGAGAUCUUGACAAUGAUGGCUAUGAAGAUGUGGCUAUUGGUGCACCGCAUGAAGAAAAUAUGAUGGGAGCCAUAUAUAUUUAUAAUGGGCGAGAAAAAGGGAUUACACCUACAUUUACACAGAGAAUACAGGGAAAGAACCUUGGCUUUUCACUGAGCACGUUUGGACAAUCAGUAUCCACGGGAUUAGAUGCAGAUGGAAAUGGAUAUCAAGAUAUUGCAGUUGGCGCAUUUCUUUCUGACUCUGCUGUUUUACUAAGAACAAGACCAGUUAUAACUGUUGAGGCCUCCUUAAAUCUGCCAAAUUCUGUAAAUCGGACAAGAUUUGAAUGCGUGGAAAAUGGGCAUCCGGCAGUGUGUAUGAAUGUCAAAAUCUGCUUCAAGUAUCAAGGAAAGGGUGUGCCAGGACAUAUUGUCGUGCACUAUAAUAUCAGCUCUGAUGUUAAAAGAAAAAAGGGCACUCCAGCCAGAUUCUACUUUUCUUCAAAUGGAACAUCAGAGGUUUAUUCAGGGAAAAUUAAUCUUCCGCACACCUUUGAAAACUGCAAAACACACCAAGCAUUCAUGAGGAAAGACGUAAGAGAUAUUUUGACUCCAAUACAUAUGGAGUCUCGGUAUCAUCUUGGGAAACAUAUUGUUUAUAAAAGAAAUGCUGAUGAAUUCAAGCCCAUACAACCAAUUCUACAGAAGAAGGAUGGGAUAGAAAGUAUAUUAAGAAAUGAGGUUUCAUUUGCAAGAUACUGUGCCUUGGCAAACUGCUCUGCUGAUUUACAGAUCUCAGGAAAAGUUUCCUUUCCAGGAUCAUUGGGAAAUAAAACGUAUCUUGUUAUUGGAGGCACAAAGACGGUAAUGCUCAAUAUGUCUUUGUACAAUGCUGGGGAUGAUGCCUACCAGUCUACUUUACACAUGAAGCUUCCUAAAGGCAUCUACUUCAUCAAAGUUGUGGGUCAGCUGGAGGAACAUAUAAACUGCGCAGUAACUGAUGAGGAAAAUCAGUUGACAAGACUGGACUGUGACAUGGGUCAUCUGUACGUGGACUCUCUUUCAAAACAACAAUUUUCCUUCUUGUUGGACACAAGUUCUCUUACCACUGCAGACGAUCUUAUCAUUAAUGUCACUGUGAACUGUCAUAAUGAAGUGGAUGAAAGCUCUUUAUGGAACAAUGAAGUCAUUUUUACCAUUCCCACGAGAUAUGAAGUCAAUGUCAAUGUCGGCGGCUAUGCCUCUCCGAUUUCAUUUUUGUAUGGACCUCCUGAAGAUGAGGACAAACUCUGUGUCAAGGAGACAAUAGAAUACACAUUCAAUGUGAUCAAUGUCGGCCCGGGUCUUGUUUCCAACGCUACAUUUCAGGUUAUGAUACCCAACACAUUUGCUCCAAGGAACUUCAAACUGUUUAAUAUUUUGGAAGUCAAGUCGAAUGUAGGAAAGUGCCGAUACAGUUCAGACACAGAUGUUUGUGGGGCGCUGCCAAGCAACAGUACAGUAAUAAAGGAUUUUGUGUCCUUCUUCUUUAGAUCUGGAAGUAGGCAUUUGUACUGCUUUGACGAUGAUGAAACCUGUCUACAUAUUGACUGCACAUUUGGAGACAUGGAAAGUGACAGUGAGGCGACUGUAGAAGUGAAGGUUGAAACAAACCAUCUACUUAUAGAGCUUGAAAGUGUGUCGUCCCUACGAUUCUUUACAACAGGAAAAGUGAGAUCUGGGGAAAGUAGUAAAAUAAUAUAUCUCAAUCAGAAACAUUUUACACACGUUUCUUUAGAGGCAGUUCACAAUCAAAGACCAAGAAGACAUGUUAUGUAUAUAAUCAUUGGCAUCAGUUUAGGUCUAGGACUUCUGGUAUUUGCGAUCAUAACAGUUUUAUUAUGGAAGGUGGGAUUCUUCAAGAGGAAAUACAAAUCGCUGGAUUCAGACCCAAGUAGAAAAGAAAGCUGGAGCUUCCUUACUCAAGAGGAAAAAGAAUAAAAGGAAGAAAAAGAAAUAUAUUUCUGGACUUAGAGAUUUUUUAAAUACUCCAUAAAUUAUGGGAAAAACCACAAGGAAAAGAGAUGAAGUUAUUUUUCUUUACGGAAGAGAACUGAUUUUUUUCAGAUAUUUAUCCAGAUCUUAUGAGGAACUUGUGACGCCUUCUAAAGAUGUCUAUUUUAUGAAUGGAUAUAUUCCACAGUUUUUUUACUGAAUAUGUUCAACCAAAGAUCUCAGGAAAGUGACAAUUUUAUUAUCAUAGAAGAAAUGCAAUGAAACCCCAAAAGUAGGAGCUGGAUGAUAUUGACCAGUCAUAAAAAGACCGCAGGGAAUCACGACAUGAAUCACUGGUGAAGGUGAUCCCUGCAGGAAGAUCUGAGGUGAUAGAGGUCUCCUAAGCCUGUUGCCUUUCACUUCAGUUGAAACAAUUUAGCUUUAAAGCACUACGGUUUAUGGGAUCACCUUCCGGUAUCAGCAUUAUUUGUCGAUAGUCUAUGGUGGAGAGAACAUAGCCAGGACUGACUGAGUGAUUCCAUUUUUGGUAGGUCCUGCUUACACAUUGGCUGAGGUUAGUUUAGUUCCCACCUUCUCCUUUGCUGCUUGCAGUAGUACCAGACCUCUUUUAAAAGUUUAGUUCUACCAGCAAUAAACUAGGAAUAUAUUUCCUAUAUUGUUUACAGGGCUAGACUCUAAUUUAGCCUAAAGGUUCUGCCAUGUACAUACAAAGGUGCAAGCUAGAUAGCCCAUUGGCUCUCCAAAAUGGCCAACCUGACUGAAGUAUGACCUACGGGGAUGAGGGCUAGGAUCUACCGUAACACAAAAGGCAGAACUGGAUGUUUAACUUUGCCCAGUCUGGUUCUAAAGUAAUAGUAAAACGGAAGUAUAGCCACAAUGACACAUUGAUAAGGCUAAGUUUCCACUUGUUUUUUUUUAUGGCAGUUUUUGGAAUACUGCCACUGCAGUUUUUGAGCCAAAGUCAGAAGUGGAUCCAUUAGGGAGGAGAAGUGUAAGUCCUUCCUUUAAAUGUCAUAUUCCUUUUGAAUACACUUCUGGCUUUGGCUAAAAAAAACUGCAGUGGCAGAUAUCCAAAAACUGACAGGAAAAACAAAACAAGUGGAAACUUAGCCUUAUGCUGUUUUUACAAUGCAUUAUGUAGUGUCUUUUGGAUAUACAUGUCGGGGAAAUGAAAAACAUCUACAUCUAACGUUUACAUAUGAUACAUGCCAGUUAGUGGCAUCUGUCAAUAGUGUUCUGUAGUAAAAAUAUGUAUACUGCACGGUAUACAUCUUUUCAUGGGACCCUGCCUGACCCCUGACAUCCUAAAUAGAGGGAAAUUUUUGCACAAUAGCCCCGCCCCCUCAGGACAUCACACCUCGCCCCCUCAAUGCAAGUCUACGGGAGGGGGUGUGACAGCAUUCGGAACAGUUUGUUCCAAACGCUGAGCAGUGGAGUGCUCCUUUAAGCAUGGAGAUUCCACCAAAAACCUGGCCAUAUAUAGUGAGUCAGAAGGUAGAAUGAUUGCCAAAGAUGGCUAAUUGGACAAGUAGAUUGUUUCUUAUUGUUGGCCACUUUUGCAGUAGCUCCCAGCAUGUACUGUGAACCUGUUAUCAGUUUCAUGCUGCUUAAGCUGAGUCCUCAGUGCCCAAAAGGCCUUGAUUGAUAGAUCUCUCUCUAUAUCCAAACAGCAAGAGAUCCAUCAGUCAUGUCUGUAGAAGCCGCCAGGGAUUGCCCUGAUAACUCGGGGACUGGGAGUCAUUGUAACAUUAGAUGCAGUGGAUCAGAGCAGUUGAGUAUGCUUUGUUUUUUAUUUUUGUUUAAAGCGCUCUGUCUCCAUCUGAAAAAAAUGUUAACACUAGAACUGGAAUACCCGUUUAAGAGUCAGUUUUGUCAUGUGUUACAAUGAAGUUAUUGCAAAAGUAUGAAAAGGUUAUAUAGACAUUUUGACAAGAAAUGUCAUCUACAAUACAAAAACUCAUAUUUCCUACAUUAAUAAUGUGUAAAUGUCUGAUAUAUCAGUAUUUGGCCAUUUUUACAUUUUUCAGUGGAAUUCCCUGGCGUCUAAUACUACAUUCAUUUAAUUGUGCUUGAAUAUACAUUCGACCUCAAUGAAAUGUAGUAUUUGCACAGUAACGUUGCCUAGCAAGCAGACACAUUACUAUGGGGACUGAUAAAUCGGACUCUCAUGGAUCCAAAAAUGUCAGUAUCCUUGGUGGAUAUAUAACAGGGGCAAUUUAAAGAAAAGUGUUUUUAGUCCUAAUUGAACGUUUUACUGUUUAUAUGCCUGUGCUCUGCCCCUUUACAUUUCACAAGAUCACUUUCUAUACAGAUGGCAUGGCUGUCCAGCAUUUUCAGUCACUGAGGGGGCUCGGUUGGUUUCCUAGUAGUCAUGUGCUGAUCUUGGGGGGUGCUGCUGUAGAUUGGGGGGUUGUUUGCUUACACACUGCUUUAUGUACAUAGAUUCCUAUAGAUGGGUUGUAUUCUGUAGAAUAAAAGAUAUAUGAACAAGGUGCCAAAUCUCAAGUUUCACUACCUGGGGCCAAUUCUUCUAGGGAAGAUACCUCUGUACUACAGCAUGUGAAGGAGAAUUCUACAACAUUUUUCUUGUGGAUUUUGAUAGAAUCUGUAAUAGAAAAACGUCAAUGAGUCGCUAUAAAAAUUGCAGUAUACAUUAUAGACCCAUACCAAGCUACAUGCAUCAUAUUACAGAUCUGUAUUGAGACCUCAGAUGCAUCACAUUCUAGCAAUAUAUGAAACCAUUUAUGUGUGGAUGUUGAUGGAAAACUCCAUUUAUUAAUCUAAACAAUGACAAUAAGGCCCAAAGUAUAUGUCAUAAAUGUCUCAAAAAUGUGGGUCAAACUUCAGGCCUUGUUCAGCCUUGUUUCUGGCAACAGAAGUGGUUACUCUUGUGACUUCCAUCCAAUCCCUAGGCCAAUGUUUCCCAACCAGGGUGCCUCCAGCUGUUGCAAAACUACAGCUCCUACGUAUGGCUAUGUUCACAAAUACCAAUACAUUAGCCAUGGCAGCAAAUUUACCAACACAUCUUAACCCCUGAAUAGUGCCUGCCAUCUGGAUGGCAUCAUACAAGUAUGCUAAAGUUCAUACCAAAGGUCAAAUAGAAAAAAUAUAUUAAUAUAUAUUUAUUAUACAUUCCUUGUGUGUGGCUCGUUGCUGUAAUAUGUGAAUUCCUCACUGAAUUUUCUCUGUGGAAACUUGGUCUGUUCAAUGACGUGUCCAUUCUUGAAGCAGUAAAUAAUCCUCAUCAGGACCUUCUAUUGAUAUCAAUGGGUCUUUCGCCAGGUUUACACUACGGAAUAUACAAACGGAACUUCGCUCAUGGUCGCUCAUGAAAUUCCUCUGCUUUAGCCCAUUCACAUUCCGGAAUUUUCUGGGCAGAAUUUCCGCCAGAACAUUGAACAUGAGGCUAUGUUCAUACGGUGGAAUUUCUGAGCAGAAUUCUGUGCAAUAUUCCGCUCAGAAAUUUCAGUCCAAUUGAUUCCGCUCAGAAAUUUCACUGCAUAAGAGUCCUAUUGAUUCAGGAAUCUGUAGAAACAUUGAACUGUUCAAUGGUUCUGCAGAUUCUGAUUAGAAAUGCAUUGCUGUCUAUGAAGACAGGCAUUUCCGAGUGGUCCUAGUGCCGCCGAAUCAAGCAAAUGUGCAGAAUGUCCAUCUGUAUUUUACAGCCAGACAUUCCACCCUUUCCGGCAGUGAGCACAUGGCCUUAGUGUGCACUGGUUUCUGCAUGGAGAAGUAGAAAAUUUUAGUUUUUUGUCACAAUUUUUCUUGUCAUUCCCUCAGUGUGAACAGACCAAGUUUCCACAGAGGAAAUUCAGUGAAGGAUUUCCUUGCUGAAUGUGCAUGGGCUCUCAUAGCUUUUUUUCAGCCCUAUUUCUUUUUCUGGCAAAGGGAUAUUCUGGUUUUUAAAGUUACAUAAUUUUCUUAUAUGCUCAAAUUUUUUUCACAUCUGUGCUUGCGGCCCUUCAGGAGCCUUUAAAGGGGUACUCCGGAGGAAAAAACAUGUUUUUAAUUCAGCUGGUGCCAUGCAGUUAUACUGAUUUGUAAAUAACGUCUAUUUAACCCCUUAAGGACGCAGGGUUUUUCCGUUUUUGCAUUUUCAUUUUUUCCUCAUCACCUUCUAAAAAUCAUAACGCUUUCAAUUUUGCACAUAAAUUUCCAUAUGAUGGCUUAUUUUUCGCGCCACCAAUUCUACUUUGCAGUGACAUUAAUCCUUUUACCCAAAAAUCCACGGCGAAACAGAAAAAAAAUUCAUUGUGCGCCAAAAUUGAAGAAAAAAAUGUCAUUUUGUAACUUUUGGGGGCUUCCGUUUCUACGCAGUGCAUUUUUCGGUAAAAUGACACCUUAUCUUUAUUCUGUAGGUCCAUACGGUUAAAAUGAUACUCUACUUAUGUAGGUUGGAUAUUGUCGUACUUUGGAAAAAAAUCAUAACUACAUGCAGGAAAAUUUAUAUGUUAAAAAUUCCCAUCUUCUGACCCCUAUAACUUUUUUAUUUUUCCGCGUAUGGGCCGGUAUGAGGGCAAAAUUUUUGCGCCGAGUUUUUAGCGGUACCAUUUUUGUAUUGAUCGGACUUUUUGAUCGUUUUUUAUAAAUUUUUUCAUGAUAUAAAAAGUGACCAAAAAUACGCUAUUUUGGACUUUGGAAUUUUUUUGCGCGUACGCCAUUGACCGUGCGAUUUAAUUAAUGAUAUAUUUUUUAUAGUUCGUUUUUUCAGUGUUAUAGCUCCCAUAGGGAGCUAUAGCACUGCACACACUGAUCUCUUAUGCUGAUCCCUGCAAAGCCAUAGCUUUGCAUGGAUCAGCGAGAUAGGGGCUCGAAUGCUCAAGCCUGUAGCUCAGGCUUUUAGCAAUCAAACCCAGAUAGGACGCGGCGGAGACAUUUAAGGGGACCUCCGCCCGCAUCCUAGCUGAUUGGGAAAUCACGAUUUUAUUGCGAUGUCCCGAUCAGUCCGACUGAGCUGCCGGGAAGCGUUUACUCUCACUUUCAGACGCGGCGGUCAACAUUGAUGGCCGCGUCUGAAGGGUUAAUAGUGCGCAGCACAACGAUCGGUGCCGCGCGCUGUUAGCCCAGGGUCCUGGCUUUGAAUAGCAGCCGGGACCGACCCGGUGUGAUGCGGGGUCACGGUGUGACCCCAUUUUAAACACCGGGACCGGGCGUACAGGUAAGCCCUACGUCCUUAAGAGGUUAAAAACUUAAUCCUUCCAGUGCUUAUCAGCUGCUGUAUGCUCGAGGGAAAGUUGUGUAGUUCUUUCCAGUCUGACCACAGUGCUCUCUGCUGACACCUCUGUCCGUGUCAGAAACGGUCCAGAGCAGGAGAAGUUUGCUCCUGCUCUGGACAGUUCCUGACACAGAGAAUAACAACAAUAAUUUACACAGAAAUCACAAAAUGUAGAAUCAAUGUAUAAUCCUAAACAUUAGCUACAGGGAUCCAGGCUAGCUUUUUAAAACUGGAGGACCACAGGGACCCCUUAUAAAAACAAUAAACCGUACAAUGAAUAUGGUUUCAGCUAAGCCCUGAGUUCCUUUUUACUAUCAGUAUGGCCCCACUAUCAAAUACUGAUUGAGAGAAAUAAAGUCUGAGUUGCCCAGACAACCCUUGUUCACGUAUAUAAUACAGCAGUACAUCACAAAAUACAUUUAAACAGUACCUAAACAUAUACUGUGUUAUUCAUAUGGACUUUUCAUUAUGUAAAAGUUGCCAAGAGCAUGUCAGUUGGACCUGUACAUUUGUGUAUUUACAUAGCUUAACAUAUUAACAACAAAUGUAUACCACAAACAAAAAUGUAAACAACAAAAACAAAUUGUUCUUGUUUAAGGUACAUCUAUUUGUGGGAUACCACAAAUGGUUGUAUGAGGCAUAGGUGUGAACCUACCCUUAAAGAAGUUAAACAGCAUUUAGCAAAGAUUAAUGUCCUGAUGGGGCCAAGAUCAAAUCGAAAAAAGACAUACUUACCUAGCCCUGGUCCCCUGCUGGUAAAUGCAGCUCCUGUUCGGCUCAGUCUGGUCCCUCAAUCUUUUGUCUUCUUCUUGCUUUUGAGAUGAGCGUUCGUUGUAAGUCCUGACCACUCUGCCAAUCACUGUCCAAGACUGGACACUGCUGCGCCAGUGAUUAGCUAAACUGGCAGGUCUUUUAUCGAGCACUUUCUUGGAAGAAAGAAGACAGGAGAUCAGGGGAUAGGACAGAGGCAAACAGAAGCUGCAGGGAACCAGGGCUAGAUAAGUAUAGGGAUUUUUCCCCAGACCCAGCAGGAUAUACAUUUUUUGCAAAAUGCCAGAUAACCCCUUUAACCAAUUCUGGAAUAAAUUGAGCCAAAUAAUCUGUAAAACUCUCAAUUUCCUCGUUUUAGAUUACAUACCUUAGUAUGCUGCAUAAAAACAAAAAAUAUCAACACUACUAAUACCUUGUGUAUUACCAUGCACAAAAUAUAGGUUGUGAUUUCAGGCCUGGGCUAGGUUGAAUUUAUUUUUGACAAUCAUUACCAUAUUAUAACAUUUUUAGAAAAUGUGAGAAUCGAGCAGGCUUUUUAUGAAAAAUUAUAGUUAUAGUAUAUAUAUUAGAUAGAUGCUUAAUUCAGUGAUCCCUCGAUGAUGGAGUAAAAUAUACUUGUCUUCUGUAUAAUAUAAGAAAUCCUAAAACCUCUUGGCUUAAUGAGGAGUUAGAGGAUGUACCAGUCCUAGUCUUAUUUGUUAUUGUGGAUGCACAGAAAUAUCAACACAUACAUACUUGUCACAUGUGCGGUGCUGAAAGUAAUAAUGGUGCACGUAGCCUUUUGCACACCAGUCUUAAUAUACACACUGAAAUAAAUUGCAUUCAUUUGUUCUAGUUUACAAUAUUUCUUACUGUACUUGACAGUCAGUCCCAGUCUGAUCUAGCAGAAUAUUGCAAAGACAAUCAUUAUUGUUCUUUAAGGGUUACUACUGCCCGUUCACUGUGGUGACAGCCAUUUUGUUAUCUUAAAGGGGUUCUCUAAUUUUCUCAGAUCAAUUCUCUGAAAAAUUCUGGUAAAAAUGUUUUCACAAUGUUUAUACCAUUUUGUCUAUCAAAUAUGUUUCCAGCGACAAGUAAUGCCUGAGUGAGUACACAUGGUGCAGAUGACUGUCCUGUGAACUGGGCCACCAAAGUGGAGGAGCUUAUCAUCAUUUGCAUUACAAGGGGCAUUCCUGGGCAAUUUUGGUGUUGUUCCUGGGCAGAACAAGGGCUGGGGGUAAAAAAAAUUCCACCAUUUUGGAUUUAAAGGGAACCUGCCACAUUGAAAUUCAGGACAAUCUGCAGUCAUCAUGUUAUAGUAGUCAAGUGGACUGUCCUACUCAGUGACUAACAGCUAUCUGUGUAUAAGUGUGCACACACAUGACUACUUAGCCCAGAAUGAGUUGAGAUUUACAGGAAUAAAUGACAAGUUAUCCUGGAAUCUUUCCCACAAGACUAUAUAUCAAUCUGCUCAGCUCCUCCAUAACGCGCUGCUUCAAAUUGGACGGCAUCUUCAAUGUGACUGGUUCCCUUUAAAUGUUGGUAACUAUCAGUUUGUAGACAGAUCUACUUUGUCUGCACUACCUACAAAUGAGCAUGGACUUAUAUACCGAAAACAAUGAAAGCAUUGGAGCAUAUGUAACAAAA